ACGGUGGGGAGGACGGUGGGGAGGACCUCGAGGAGGAUGAGGGGCUGGGGGGUAUGCCGCAGGAGCUAGACCCGACCCUAGUUUGGUCUCCGCCGGUGGAGGAGGUGUACGUUGCAGCCGAGGAGAGGCUGGAACCACGGGACAAGAAGCCGUAUAGGCGCGGGAUUACGAAACUCCCCAAGCUAAAAACUUGGGCCUUCCGCGAUGUUGUUCUCGUGCCCGCUGGAAAGAGCAUGUUCAAGUAUGGCGACCCGAGGAGGAAGCCGACACGUGAGUACCCGAACAUCCUUGGAGGCAUAAUUAGGAAGCAUUUCCCUGGGAUUGUCAAUCUCCCCUACCGGUGGCCGCGACGUGGCUUGGACUUGGAAGCACUACAGCUACGCGGAAGAUCCUAG